ACCGAGUACAGCGUAUCGAACACCGUCGACGGUCGCACCUGCCUCCGCUCCAGCGCCCCUUCCCGGAUCGCGUCUCUGUUGACGGACAGUAGCACCGGCUGACGAGAAGGGCCAUUGACGGCCGGUCCCCACUGCACCUCCACCACCCCCGAGAACUCCGCACAGGCACCCAACGCACACCCUCUUCCACAUCCAAGCGCACUCUUCCACACCCAAACGCACUCUUCCACACCCAAACGCACACCCUCGUCCACAUGGUCGAGAAGCGCCCCGCCGCGGAGGGCGCCGCCGGCGAUGCCAAGCGCACCAAAGGCUCGGAUGCCAUUGCGGCCGCGAAGGCAAAGGCAGCAGAGAUAGCAGCGCGCUUUGCCGCGAAAAAGGCUGGCCCCGCUGGCGCGCCCUCCGCACAAGCACCUGCGCCCGCUGCUACCGCGGGCAAUGCUCAGGACAGACUGGCAACCCUCAAGGCGCGCAUGGCAGCUAUGAAGGCCAACAGCAGCUCCACCGCGAAGCCUGCGACACCCACGCCGGAGCCCACAGGACCGCGGUUUGCGACAACGUUGGGCAACCGCCGCGCAGAAACGCCGCUCGUCGAUGCCAAGCCCAAAGCUGCUGCGCCAAAGCAGCAGCAGCAGCAGCAGCAGCAGCAGCAGCAGCCGGAUGAAGAGCUCCAGAAUCCAUACUACGACCCAAAGGCUGCCGGCCAGCCCGGUGCGCGGACACGAGUGUCCAAGCCUCUGCAGUUCAACGAGCAUGGCAAGUACCUCGACCAGGCGUCCAAGCUGCGAGCGCAGGGCCGUCUGGAGCAGAUCAAGAAGAUGCUUGCCAAGCAGGCGCGGCGCGCUGGACUCGACGAGAACAGCGAGCGGGGCUUCCUGGUGCAGCAGCCAGCAGACAUCGAGUGGUGGGACGAAGGCAUAUUGAAGGACAAGACGUACGACUGCAUCGACGAGCCUGAAAAGGUCAUGAUCGACACCGACGACUCCAUCAUCACACUCUAUGUGCAGCACCCGCCGCUGCUCAAGGCUCCCCAAGACCAACGGCUAGUCGAAGUCAAGCCGCUGUAUCUCACAACCAAGGAGCAGGCCAAGGCACGGCGAAUGCGUCGCGCAGCCGACUUGAAGGAGAAGCAGGCGAAGAUCCGACUCGGCCUCGAACCACCUCCACCACCCAAGGUCAAGCGCGGAAACAUGAUGCGCGUCAUGGGCGAACAGGCCAUCGCCGACCCCACCGCCGUCGAGAUGCUCGUAGAGACGCAAAUCGCGCAACGUCAGCACGACCACGAGGAAGCAAACGAGGACCGCAAGCUCGACAAAGACCAACGACACGCGAAACUGCAAACAAACCAGGAAAAGGACGCGCAGAAGGGGCUCUACCUAUGCGUGUUCAAGAUCGGUACGCUGGCGUUCGGCAAGCACAGAUACCAGAUCGAUCAGAACGCAAAACAGCACGCGCUCACGGGCCUCACACUCUUCAACCCGGAGCUCAACCUCGUGAUUGUCGAGGGCGGGCUGCAUUCGAUCGAAAAGUACAAGAAGCUGAUGCUGCAGCGCAUCAAGUGGUCUGAGAACGCAGAACCCACGGAGACCCAGCUGGAGAAGCAGGCCAACGAUCCGCAGUGGAUGAAGAGUCUGGAUGCGAACGGCAACCUCAAGGACCACUCGCAGAACAAGUGCACAUUGCUGUUCGAGGGAGAGGUCAAGAACCGCGCGUUCAGGAAGUGGGGUUCCAAGAUGUGCGAGACUGCGGGCGAAGCGAGAGAGGUGCUGAGUAGGAGCAAGCUGGACAGCUUGUGGGCGCUUGCGAAGAGCAUGGACUGAGAGAAAGCCUGAAGAGCAGAUCAGGACAGUCGCUGAACCGAUGAAGAACAGCGGACCGAGGCUUUGACCGUCCCACGAGGCUGAUUACGAUGAUCUACAGGUGUGAGUUCCUCCAGCCCCGCGACGGCGACUCGAGUAGUCCCGGCCCUCAGCUACUCGCGUGCGCUUCUGACAUGACGGGUGUACGCAUGCAUACAUGUGACGUCGUGACUACUAACUACGAAUCUCGUACCCCAAAUAGCCUCUAGUGACCACCCGCGGGAUAUUCACGCAAGUAGCGUGUUGGCGUUGUGCGAGCACGUAUCGCACGCUUUUAUGCGCUAUAAGUACCUCACUUUCCUUCAACCCCUCAGUCCCUAUCACUAACAUCAUUCUCUUCCAAACUAUCACUAACAUCAUUCUCUUCCAAAUAUUAAAAGGUAC